UGUGUGUGUAUGUGUGUGUGUGUGUGUGUGUGUGUGUGUGUGUGAUAGUGAGUAUUACAUGGUGGGUUUCAACAGAUGGGAAGCAGCAAGGUUCGAUGGAAGCAGAUAAAAACCCCCGGGGCUGCUACGGUACGUGUACAUUCUCCGCACCGUUCUGGUGGGAUGAUAAAUUCGCGAUUAGCGCAAGAUUAGCGGGUGGGCUAACGAGAAGGUUUGUUUGAGUGAGUGAACAACUUCCCAAGUGUAUAGUGAAGGGCUGCGCGAACGCAGCGAACCAGCAAGGAUGCGAUCCUUGACCAACCCAGCGGGGCUGGCGCUGCUAGUGUUGUUUGCACUAUCGUUUAGCGCCAACGUUGUCCAAGCUUAUGGAGCGAAAACGACAUCGAGAGUAUGCUUCUCCAGCGUCGCCAACUUCACCGGAAACACUGCUAUCGGGCUGUGCUCGCAGGCAGUGUUGCAAAUACUCAGGGUGGGUGUGAACGGCACGAUCGCGUACGUUACGACCGCCACAACGCCUCAGUCAACCGUGCUCAAACUGCUGCCGACCUACUGUAACCGAAGGCUGGCGUAUCCGUACCUCGAACCGUACCUGUCUGUUGUCGGGUCCGGCACGGAAGGACCGGUUGCUACCAUCCUAGCGAAUCCGACAAUUCGAGCAAACUACAUCCGGGCGCUGAUCACGUUCAUGAAGUCUUACCCGCGCUGCGUCGGACUAUUUAUCGAUUUCAGCAACCUCACCACAUCACAGGCGGCCGGUUAUGCCGCGUUCAUGCAGGCCCUGUUCCAGGCGGCUGGUACAGCUUCGCUCAAGCUGGCCUCAGCGCUGCCCUGGGAGGCAGACCGGUACGCCGAUGUCUACUACAGCGUCACUUUAAGAAGCUUAGCGUUUAACGUGCUGCGCACGUACGAUGAAUUCUACUCAUCGCUUACAACGGUCGUACGGCCGCUGAACCCGCUAGUUGCUAUGGCCGCACCGUUUAACGCCACGACGAAAACUAUCUCGUACAACCUGUACCGGUGGAUAAUCAAGGGACUGAACCCGAACAGCAUCAUACUCGGCCUGUCGAUGUAUGCUCGCGCAUAUACUGUGACAAAAGUUAGCCAGUUCGGUGCUACGGGAACGGCUAGCGCUUCGGUGGUAUCAUACUGCGAUGCACUUCUUUUCUCGACCAAGUUUGGACUGCAAACGAGCAGCGCUGGAGAGAGUGUAUCCUCUAGCAGCAGCAUGGCUUACGUAUUCACUUCGUUUCAAUCGGCUGAGCUCAAGCUGAACUUUGCAGUGUCUAAUAAUUUGGCUGGUGUUGCAUUGUUCUCAUUGAACACUGCCGGCACCAAUGCAGAGCUGCUGCGUUACGUGACGAGUAUUAUUGCACCGACGCCACCAACAGGUUUCCAAUAUCCUGUGGCGUCGUAUCCUACAUGCGGUGUUUCCAUUACAUUCCCAUCGUUGGUGGCUAUAACUACACUACCAACAGCCUCCACAGCAGCGGGUGGCGGCUCAACUGCUGCUGGAGGAGGAUCCACUGCCGCUGGAGGAGGUUCAACAGCCUCUGGAGGAGGAUCAACAGCCGCUGGAGGAGGAUCCACAGCUGCUGGAGGAGGAUCAACAGCCGCUGGAGGUGGAUCAACAGCCGCUGGAGGAGGCUCGACUGCAGGAGGAGGAGGAACUACAGCCGCUGGAGGAGGAUCAACAGCCGCUGGAGGAGGUUCGACUGCUGCUGGAGGAGGAACUACUGCCGCUGGAGGAGGCUCGACUGCCGCUGGAGGAGGCUCUACUGUCGCUGGAGGAGGAUCAACAGCCGCUGGAGGAGGUUCGACUGCAGCAGGAGGUGGAACUACAGCCGCUGGAGGAGGCUCAACUGCCGCUGGAGGAGGUUCAACAGCCGCUGGAGGAGGAUCUACUGUCGCUGGAGGAGGAUCUACAGCCGCUGGAGGAGGAUCAACAGCCGCUGGAGGAGGAUCAACAGCCGCUGGAGGAGGUUCAACAGCCGCUGGAGGAGGAACAACUGCCGCUGGAGGAGGAUCAACUGCUGCUGGAGGAGGCUCGACUGCCGCUGGAGGAGGCUCUACUGUCGCUGGAGGAGGAUCAACAGCCGCUGGAGGAGGUUCGACUGCAGCAGGAGGUGGAACUACAGCCGCUGGAGGAGGCUCUACUGCCGCUGGAGGAGGAAGUACUGCUGCUGGGGGUGGAACUACUGUCGCUGGAGGAGGAUCAACAGCCGCUGGAGGAGGUUCUACUGCCGCUGGAGGAGGCUCGACUGCCGCAGGUGGAGGUUCAACUGCGGCUGGAGGAGGUUCAACAGCCGCUGGAGGAGGUUCAACAGCCGCUGGAGGAGGCUCGACUGUUGCUGGAGGAGGUUCAACAGCCGCUGGAGGAGGCUCAACAGCCGCCGGAGGAGGAUCAACAGCUGCUGGAGGAGGUUCAACAGCCGCUGGAGGAGGCUCAACAGCCGCUGGAGGAGGCUCAACAGCCGCUGGAGGAGGAUCAACAGCCGCUGGAGGAGGAUCAACAGCCGCUGGAGGAGGUUCAACAGCCGCUGGAGGAGGAACAACUGCCGCUGGAGGAGGAUCAACUGCUGCUGGAGGAGGCUCGACUGCCGCUGGAGGAGGUUCAACAGCCGCUGGAGGAGGCUCGACUGCCGCUGGAGGAGGUUCAACUGCUGCUGGAGGAGGUUCUACUGCCGCUGGAGGAGGAUCAACUGCUGCUGGAGGAGGCUCAACAGCCGCUGGUGGAGGCUCAACUGCCGCUGGAGGAGGUUCAACUGCUGCUGGAGGAGGAACAACUGCCGCUGGAGGAGGAUCAACUGCUGCUGGAGGAGGAUCAACAGCCGCUGGAGGAGGAUCAACAGCCGCUGGAGGAGGCUCAACAGCCGCUGGAGGAGGAUCAACAGCCGCUGGAGGAGGAUCAACAGCCGCUGGAGGAGGCUCGACUGUUGCUGGAGGAGGAUCAACCGCCGUAGGAGGAGGAUCAACAGCCGCCGGAGGAGGAUCAACAGCUGCUGGAGGAGGUUCAACAGCAGCUGGAGGAGGCUCGACUGCAGCAGGAGGAGGAACUACUGCCGCUGGAGGAGGCUCAACUGUCGCCGGUGGUGGUUCAACAGCCGCUGGGGGUGGAACUACAGUAGCCGGAGGAGGUUCGACUGCUGCUGGAGGAGGUUCAACAGCAGCUGGAGGAGGAUCAACAGCCGCUGGAGGAGGUUCGACUGCUGCUGGAGGUGGAACUACUGCCGCUGGAGGAGGCUCGACUGUUGCUGGAGGAGGUUCAACAGCCGCUGGAGGAGGCUCGACUGCUGCUGGAGGAGGCUCAACAGCCGCUGGAGGAGGUUCGACUGGUGCUGGAGCUGGAACUACUGCCGCUGGAGGAGGUUCAACAGUCGCUGGAGGAGGAUCAACAGCUGCUGGAGGAGGUUCGACAGCCGCUGGAGGAGGUUCAACAGCCGCUGGAGGAGGUUCAACAGCCGCUGGAGGAGGUUCGACUGCUGCUGGAGGUGGAACUACUGCCGCUGGAGGAGGCUCGACUGUUGCUGGAGGAGGUUCAACAGCCGCUGGAGGAGGCUCGACUGCUGCUGGAGGAGGCUCAACAGCCGCUGGAGGAGGUUCGACUGGUGCUGGAGGUGGAACUACUGCCGCUGGAGGAGGUUCAACAGUCGCUGGAGGAGGAUCAACAGCUGCUGGAGGAGGUUCGACAGCCGCUGGAGGAGGUUCAACAGCCGCUGGAGGAGGUUCAACAGCCGCUGGAGGUGGUUCUACUGCCGCUGGAGGAGAAUCAACUGCUGCUGGAGGAGGUUCAACAGCCGCUGGAGGAGGCUCGACAGCUGCUGGAGGAGGUUCAACAGCCGCUGGAGGAGGUUCGACUGCUGCUGGAGGAGGUUCAACAGCCGCUGGAGGAGGAUCAACUGCUGCUGGAGGUGGAACUACUACCGCUGGAGGAGGCUCGACUGCUGCUGGAGGAGGUUCAACAGCCGCUGGAGGAGGCUCAACAGCUGCUGGAGGAGGUUCAACAGCCGCUGGAGGUGGUUCUACUGCCGCUGGAGGAGGAUCAACUGCUGCUGGAGGAGGUUCAACAGCCGCUGGAGGAGGCUCGACAGCUGCUGGAGGAGGUUCAACAGCCGCUGGAGGAGGUUCAACAGCUGCUGGAGGAGGUUCAACUGCCGCUGGAGGAGGAUCAACAGCCGCUGGAGGAGGCUCGACUGCAGUAGGAGGUGGAACUACUGCCGUAGGAGGAGGCUCAACUGCCGCCGGUGGUGGUUCAACAGCCGCUGGGGGUGGAACUACAGUAGCCGGAGGAGGUUCGACUGCUGCUGGAGGUGGAACUACUGCGGCUGGAGGAGGUUCGACUGUUGCUGGAGGAGGAUCAACAGCCGCUGGAGGAGGCUCGACUGCUGCUGGAGGAGGUUCAACAACUGCUGGAGGAGGUUCAACAGCCGCUGGAGGAGGAUCAACAGCUGCUGGAGGAGGAUCAACAGCUGCUGGAGGAGGCUCAACUGCCGCUGGAGGAGGAUCAACAGCCGCUGGAGGAGGAUCAACUGCUGCUCAAGGAGGUUCAACAGCCGCUGGAGGAGGCUCAACAGCCGCUGGAGGAGGAUCAACAGCCGCUGGAGGAGGAUCAACAGCCGCUGGAGGAGGUUCUACUGCAGCUGGAGGAGGUUCAACUGCUGCUGGAGGAGGUACAACAGCCGCUGGAGGAGGUUCAACAGCCGCUGGAGGAGGUUCAACAGCCGCUGGAGGAGGUUCGACAGCCGCUGGAGGAGGUUCAACAGUCGCUGGAGGAGGCUCGACUGCCGCUGAAGGAGGCUCGACUGCCGCUGGAGGAGGAUCAACAGCCGCUGGAGGAGGAUCAACAGCUGCUGGAGGAGGCUCAACAGCCGCUGGAGGAGGAUCAACAGCCGCUGGUGGAGGAUCAACUGCUGCAGGAGGAGGCUCAACAGCCGCUGGAGGAGGCUCGACUGCAGCAGGAGGAGGAUCUACAGCCGCUGGAGGAGGAUCAACUGCUGCAGGAGGAGGAUCAACAGCCGCUGGAGGAGGAUCAACUGCUGCAGGAGGAGGAUCAACAGCCGCUGGAGGAGGAUCAACUGCUGCAGGAGGAGGAUCAACAGCCGCUGGAGGAGGUUCAACUGCUGCUGGAGGAGGUUCAACAGCCGCUGGAGGAGGAUCAACAGCCGCUGGAGGAGGAUCAACAGCCGCUGGAGGAGGCUCGACUGCCGCUGGAGGAGGCUCAACAGCCGCUGGAGGAGGAUCAACAGCUGCUGGAGGAGGUUCAACAGCCGCUGGAGGAGGCACCACGUCUGCACCACAACCUACUGUUGUUUGCGGCAUUACUGUACGGUCGCAGUACGGAGCUCUUGUUAGCAGUUUUUGUGAUUCUGUUUUAGAGAUCAACCUGUACAUUCAAUCUGGAAGUGCGUGUGGGGUUGUAGUGUAACGUGGAGUUAGUUUUAAUUUAAUGUCAUUAUAAUGUUUUUCAAAUGAAUGUUAAUAAAGGUGAUUAGAAAUACAAAUUAAUAGAAAAAAAUGUCUAUGCUACUGUCAUUUUAAUUAGCGAAUGAAAAUGCAGUGAAACAUUAUUUGUGCUGGUUCUAAAAUUAUCAAUAAGAUUUAAUAAAAAUAUACAUCGUUAGCGGUGAAAUUUAUUCAAAAUUUAUUGUUGAAACAGCAGACUUGCCCAGUGCUACAUCAGUUGUUUGCACAGUUGAUGUAGAACACGCGCGAUACAGCUGACCAAAUAAAACCAGUUUCGGGUACGCUUAGUUGCAGUGCAGUAUCAUUCGAUAAAGGAUUGAGCUGUGAGGUUACUUCAUUUGACAAACUUAUUCUAAUGGGCUCUGGCAAUGGUGAUAACAAGGCACCGUCACCCUUCAAUCAAGCAAAGAUGGUCGACCCUCACGCAUACCCACACAAUCAACCGGUGAACGAAACAAGCGAUGACAAACUGACGAUGUCAUAGUGUUACUUUUUUGUUGAAGUAAUAGGUGAAAAAUAAAAUAAAAACAGUUUCCUAAUGCGCUUGCAUACGCUAGAAGGUCAGAUGCCACGAUUUGGGCGAUGACUACUGUUUUGCAAACUAUUUAACGUAUGAGAGCAAUUUUACUUUAAGAUACCUUUCUGCUUGAUGCCGUUACUUUGUUCGUGAAAUAAAAUAACCCAAUUCUGA